CGUCUUGGAUUUAUCGCAACCCAUUCGUCUGACCCUACUCAUCCACUAUCAAGUGUUUGUUGCUGCUGGCCAGCUACGGGUCUCUGGAUUUGCAUUGCGCAAAGUGCAAAACUCAGCGGAAAAAAUCACAUUUGCCAUGUCGGUUUGGAGCCACGUACUGGAGGCGAUUUUGACGCUGGUCCACAUCUUGACCGAUCGCCUGCUGGAGUUCGGCUUAGGUUGGUAUCUGGGACCACACAGGCGAGUUCAGGGACCUCCCAGUACCGACCAACAAGCUCUGUUGUCCAAGAGUGCCGUGGAACUUGCUCAAUUGAUACGGGAGCGAAAAAUCCGCAGUUACGACAUCGUCAAAGCUUACUGUGAGCGUAUCGAAAAUGUGAACCGUGAUCUCAACGCUGUGGUGGAUGGACCCUUCCCAGAGGCCUUGGACCAGGCGCGCGAAAUUGAUAGAAGGUUGUCUAAGAAGGAAUACAGUGAUGAGGAUUUCCGGAGGCAGCCCUUCCUGGGUGUUCCCUUCUCGACUAAAGAUAGUACUUCUGUGGCGGGAAAACUGCAUACGCUGGGAUUAGUAUGCCGAAAGUCUGAACGAUCUGCCACGGAUGCUGAAUGCGUCCGUCUGAUGAAGGAAAGUGGCGCAAUCAUAAUAGCCACCAGCAAUGUUCCGGAGGUGAACAAGUGGAUUGAGUCCAGAAACAUGCUGAUUGGAGGCACCAAUAAUCCCUAUGAUCUCCGACGAUCCGUGGGUGGCUCUUCCGGAGGCGAAGCUGCUCUCAUUGCCGCCUGUUGUACGGGUUUUGGACUGGGCACGGAUAUUGGAGGUUCCAUCAGAAUUCCAGCCUUUAAUUGCGGUGUGUUUGGACACAAGCCCACUGCUGGAGCUGUUAACAUGGCGGGUUGCACCUUCAGAACCGGAAAGGAAAAGGAUACCAUGGUCUGCGCCGGUCCAAUGAGUCGUUUCGCCAAGGAUCUUUUGCCCAUGAUGCAGGUCUUGGUGGAACCAGAACUGAAACCCAAACUAAAACUUGAUCAGGAAGUGAACUUGAAGAAAUUGCGAUACUUCUACGUGGCAUCCAAUGGCAUGGCUCAGUGCAAUCCUGUAAACAAAGAAACCGAGAGAGUCAUGUACAAGAUACGUAAACAUUUUGAGGGCAUCAGUGGUCAGGAUGUGCGACAUGCCAACGUACCGAACACCAAGUUGACUGGAAAAAUGUGGCGCUACUGGAUGACCCAGGAGCCGGCUAACUUUAAUCUUUUGCUUGGAAACGGAGCUGAACUCAAUCCAUUUGUGGAGCUAUUUAAAAAGUUACUGGGUCAGAGUGACUAUAGCAUGGCUGCUAUUUAUGGACUAAUUGACAGUGUUUUGCCGAAGGAGUCUGAGAAACUGAUGCGACAGGCCACCGCCCAGUGUAAGAAGGCGGUGCAGGAUCUGCUCGGCGAGGAUGGAGUGCUCUUCUACCAUAGUUCUCCCAGGACGGCUCCAUUCCACUUCUAUCCGCUGGUUAAAUUCAACGACUUUGCCUAUUUCAGCCUGUUCAACGUGCUCCAUUUGCCAGCUACCCAGGUUCCCAUGGGAUUGGACUCCAAGGGAAUGCCCCUGGGUAUUCAGGUGGUGGCCAAUUUAAACAAUGAUCGUCUUUGUUUGGCGGUGGCGGAGGAGUUGGAGCGGACUUUUGGCGGCUGGGUGCCACCAUUUCCCUUGAAACAGUAAACGCUCUGAAAACAUAUGUAACUAUCUUUAGGUGUUGGUAGGAUUUGAGACUGUCGCUUUGUUACCGGACUUUAAUAAAUUUAUUUUUUAAUAAACAAA